AUGGCCUCCCCCAACGGCACGCGCCUCCAGCCAUCCUCCACCCCCUCCAAAAAGCGCAAGCACGACAAUGACGACGACCAGCCACAGCCCGAGGGCGGCGGCAAGGCGCCCCCCGCCAACAACGGCCGUCACAAGAGGCAGCUCACGGGCCCGAGCACGAGCCAGAUCGCCCGGACGCUGCCCCUCGAGCCGCACAGCGCCGUGCUCGGCGAGCUGAGGGCGAGCUACGACGUCCUGACGCUCUCGGUCAUCUCGUCGUCCAAGAUCGAGAAGCGCGUGACGGCGGCGCUCGCCCACCUCGGCCGCUUCCACCCGUCCGACAUGGCCGUGCGCCCGGGCGUCGUCAUGCUGCACGCGCGCGCCCGCGACGCGGGCAAGAUGAUCUCGAUUGCGGAGCUCGUGCGCCGCCGCCUCGCCGAGGGCGGUUACAAGUGGUACCAGUAUAACAGGCUGUACGAUGUCGAGACACAGGUCAGGGACGCGGGCCCUCCGCCCUCUGUGGUGGAGGAGACUGUGCUUUUGAAGAAAGGUCCUCGGCCGAGCAAGGGUGGACAUGCGGAGAAGGAUGAGCAAGACGAGGAGGACGAGGAGGAGGAGGAUGACGAUGAAGACGAUUUUGAGGCUAUGCCAACUCGAUUCAAAGACGCUGUCAUGGAGCGCAAGAACACCGUUGCAAAACCGUACAUGAGCGUCAUGCUCUCCCGCGUGCCGAUUCCGGAGCUGCAGGCCAAGGCUAUCUUCACCUGCCAGAGCAAUGAAGCGCAGAUUGAGUACCAAAGACGUAAGAAGAUGGGGCUGGCUUGA